CAAAGCUUCAAGUCGGACUUUAGUGAACGGAUGUACUGUCAGUUCACUGAAAAAAAGAAUUAAGAAAAUUUAACCUUCUCUGGAAUUGGAAAAUAAUAUUUUUAUAAAAACCGGUGGAAGCAACAAACAACAUUAAUUAAUAUGAGCUGUAAUCAUCUGUUGAUUAGCCAUAAGCCGGCACUGCUUUUAUUAUUUUGUAUAUUGGUUCCGUCGGUACUCUCAAACACUGCCUUUCUCAUACCGCCGAAGAGUCAACAUUUCUAUGAGCUGACUAAUGUUGUGUCUAUGCACGAUUUGCAACGUUCCAAUGCCGAAGAAGCAAGCUAUAUUUUUCGUGCGCAAUUGAAAGUGAAUUCUGUGUGGAAUACAGAAAAGGAACAAUUGCUGGAAGUUUUUAUUACAUAUUCCAAAGUCAGUGCGCCGUCUAAAGCGCGAAAAUCAAGUAUUACUGCUGAAAUAACAAAAAUACCAGAUCGCCCAUUCUAUGUCAGUCUCAUCAAUGGCAAACCCAACAAAGUGAUAGCUCAUACGUCGCGUGAUCAAUCGCUAUUGAAUUUGGAACGUGGUUUCGCUUCACUCUUACAAUUAGAAUAUGAAAAUGGACCUGUUACAGAGGUGGAUGUGUCAGGCAAGUGUAAUGCAUUUUACGCUGUCAAGUCUUCCACACACAUCGAGAAAAUCAAAACAGAUUGUUCACAUUGGGAUCUAAAAGUUAACUACAGAGCAGAGAAAGCAUUGAGCAUAUCUCAAGUAUCACAGGAAAUUGUGGAAUACGAAUUGAGCGCAGAUGGUGGACUUAUGCAAGCAAUUUCAUCGGAAAAACAUCGCAUAGCUUUGGCUUCAAAACCAGAUGUGGGCAGUGAAGUGAGCGCUAAAUUUAGCCUAACACAUCUUGUAGAGAGCUCAGAUUUGGUGAAACAAUUAGAAUUUGCUACACUUGAUGAAGCGAUUAACAGUUUGCUGGAGUGGUAUCGUGUUUUCGAUAUCGAAGCAGAUGUGGAUGGUGCCAUAAGCGAAAUUAAAGAUACCACUCUUAAGGCUGAAAUCAAGAGGUUAAGCCCUGAACUUUACAGUGAAAAUGUGGGUAAACAAGCACUGGCGCUUGUCAUUGCUGAACUAUUGCCCCUCGCACGCAUCACCAAACAAACUGAGUUCAACGAAAUCUUUGAAGCCAACCCUGAUUCCGUUAAACCCUUGAUUGAUUUACUCGCCGCCGUACAAACUAUCGAAGCGCACAAUGCCAUAAUAGAAUUAUACAAGUUUGAUGUUGAGGAUGAUGUCGAGUUUUUAGAGCAAUAUUUACAGUCGCUCGCAGUUGGCACACACCCGGAUCGUGCUAUUAUUGAAGAUCUAUUCAUGCGCUUGCAGCCAAGUGCUGACGUCAAUGCAAAUAUCACAAAUGAUAAACUUCGCGAUACGGUUAUACAAACAGUGGCAGCACUCACACGUCAGUCCGGCUUUGAUGCCAACGAUUCAUUAUUAAAAAGUAUACGCCAAUUUAUGUUGGAUAAUCUUAGUGAGAAGUGCAAAGAGAUUGAUUGUAAAGUUACCUACAUACGUGCACUGCAAAAUCUACAAGAUGUUAACACAUUACCAACACUUUUCAGCAGCGCCUUAAAUGGUGAUGUAUCGGAAUCUGUUGCCGCUUUACAAGCAUUAAAAAGUUUCCCCAUUGCAAGUUUCAACGAGAAACAUCGUAGUAGUUUUGCCGAAAUUUUCUACCAAACAAAACGUAAAUUCGAUACCACAGCACGUGUCUUCGCCUUGGAUAUACUGCUGGCGCUUAAGCCCACCAAGGACCAGUUAAAUGAAUUGCUCAAUUAUCUGAAUUCUAAUGAUCGUCAUUUCGAAGUUAAAACUUUUGUCAUACAAAAACUCCGAAUGAUUGCCGAUCAUUGCUCACGUUUUAGAGCAUUGCUAAAAUCGUGCUUAGCAGAACUACCGGAAGUAAAUAAUUAUCAUGUGAUUGGACAAAAAGGACUGACAACCGUAUUGACGCGCGAGCUUUCCAAAUCGCCAGCAUUCAACGAAUCGCUGUUAAGUGUUCAGGAGAUCUAUCAGGGUGUGUUGAAACGUGGCACCGUUGAGCUGCUCUUGGGUGCGGGCCAAGACGAAUUUAGCAGUUUCAAGAUCGGUCUCUACACCAACGGUCUAGCAUCAUUUGUGGGGGACUCAGAUGAGGAGUCAGAGGAUGAAGCUGAAGAUGAUGCGCCCGUCAAUGCUGGCAUGGAAAUUUCUGUGCAAGGUGUACUUUUACGUCCACUCGUCUUCUUCACCGGCCAAGGUGAACUGAUGGCUCAUGUUUGGAGUGGCACUGCCUCUGAACCUACACCAGCUUACCAAGCGACCGUUUUGGCGGAAGAUCAUGAGCACUAUGUUAUAUUAUCAUCAGGCGUCACAGUUUAUUUCCGUGUAAUAGGCACACGUUCGAUUGACUUAAAUGGCAAAGUCGAGUUUAGUUUGUGGAAUCGGAAUGCAAACACGGAAAUCAAUCAAAACAUUGGUGCGGCAAUUAUUGGUAACAUGGUGGCCGGUUUCACUUAUGCCAAGGUAGAGAAUAAAUUUACGGUGACCAACGAGCCGCGUUUAAAACUGCAGGCCGAUCUUGAUUUCUAUUCAGGCGUGAAGUUAUGCAUGAAAUUGCAGAGACCAGAUAUGCUGCUGAACUUGUCAAAUACUAAAUCGGUUUAUCUGACACCAAACGCUUACUAUAAACAUAUCCGAACGAAAUCCACACAGAAACUUGCAGGUCGCACUUUGGCUUUAAACCAGAAGAAUAACGAGAUGUGCAAUAUUAUCUCUGGCGAAUAAAAGAUAUUACAAUAGCUUCGACAUACUGGAACCAAUGCAUUUUUAAUACUCAAAGCUCUCUGUCCUUAUUAAUAAUGGUUACAUUGUGAAUCUCAUGUGCAAAAUAUAUGUGUAUAUCAUUGAACCGCCUUGAUAUUCUUCGCACAAAGUGUUUAGAUGAAGUAAAUUGUUUGCAUUUGUAAUGGAACAUUAUGUUAACAGCUUUUAUAGACAAUAAAUAAAGAUAUAUAAUAUUUUUUUACACAA